ACUCAACCUUGGAGUGCAGAGCGUGGCGGGUGGCGCGUACACAGUCGGUGGGGGUACGGCGGUGGCGGACUGUUGCUGAGUAGGUAACCUUCGGUAAAGGAAGCCGAAGGGAGGAAUCCUAAUUUGAGAGCUGGUAAUAUCACAUUUCACAAUAUAAUUGGUUUUGCUGCCAUAAUAGAGUGACCAUCUGCCCUGGUCAGGUCCUGUUGACCCUCAUUGUGUCGACGAGCUGCAGUUGUGUGACUAUGGAGGCUGACCAUACGCCCAACGAGUUCCCGUUCAGUGCUGCGGGAGGCGCCGAGCUGCUGGCGGUGCCUCUGUCCUAUGCCACCUCUUCGGACGGCAGACAGGUUGUGUUCACCAUGUCUGCCGCUCCGGGCCAGCCCCAGGGGGACGGCUCCGGCUCCGUGCCGACCCCCCACCUCCAGCUAAUGACCGACCCCGGCGGUCUACUCGAGUCGCUGAAAAACGAGGCACUGGUCUCUGUUGAUGCGUUCGACGGGUUCGCUGCACACUCCGAGACCGUGGCAGCGGCGGCGCGUGCAACUACUGUCUACCAGCCCGGCCACGAGAUGCCGUCCAACGCGGAGCUGGCGCACGCCGUCACCGAACUGCAGCUACAGCAGUACGAGACGGCAGAGGAGCCGCUGGAUGUACAGCACGAGCAUCAGCAUGAUAAUCACCAACAGGAGAAGCAGGGGAAGGAGCAGCAUCAGCAGGAGGAGCCACAGCAGCCGAAGCCCUGCUUCGCCAGCCACAGUAGUCUAGUCGAGGUCAUCAACAGACCAAACGAGGCAGUCUGCUUUAUCUGCGACACAUCAAGCUCCGCCAAUCUCGUCGAACUAUUCGGCGAGGCCAACAUUCUCGCAGCCUCAAAAACGCCGCUGUGUAUGAAACUGGAGAGUCUUCUGGGCUGUACACUGCCGGCCGAGACUGUACACAGUGACGUCAUAUGUGUGACGUGUCUGGGCGUGCUGGAGACUCUGGAUGGCGUGGAGUGUCACAUUCAGGAGAUGGAGACCCGCUGCCGCGACCUGUCCCGCCGGGUCCGACGUCGGUUUACCCGUACCGUCCGUGCCCACAACAUCACCUACAACGGCUGGCAACCGGAGACAGACCUUCCGGCCGAGUCGGCGUCAGAGAUGGGCGCCAAACCGGGACUGUGCGCGGGGGUGGAGGCGGGUGGGGAUGUACUCGGGGAUAGUGGGGGAGGGGGUGGUGGACAGACAGGGGAGGGGGCGGGAGACGCUGGGGCUCGGAAGGUGGACGGAGCGGACGGUGAAGAGUGGAUGGAGGAGGCCGUGGAAAGUGUUCCGGGGUCACCGCCGCCACCCGACCUCUCUGACCCCGAUGACCCCGACUACACCGAGGAGCCUCCCACCAAGCCGCGCAAGGCCAAAGGAGCGGCGGCCGGAGUGAGCAAACGGAAACAGAGUCGGAAACAGAGGGGGGCCACCAAGGCACGGUGUAAGGUCGAGGUCGACGACCCCCGCCGCCCGGGCCGGACCAAGUUUCGGUAUAUCUACGACGACGAGUUUCACUGCGAAAUAUGCGGGAAGGCCUUCGCCUGGAGGGGGCACCUCGUCAAACAUAUGCAGACUCACACGGGUGAGAGGCCUCUGAGCUGUGAGAUCUGCGGACAAACUUUCCGAUGGACCUCACAUCUUACCGACCACCUAAGGCGACACAAGAACGAAAAGCCCUUCAUCUGCAGUAUAUGCGGAAAAAGCUUCGUGUCGGGUAACGUGUUCAAGGGACACAUGCGCACGCAUACCGACGAAAAACCCUACAUGUGCGGGGUCUGCGGGAAACAAUUCCGCGACAGCAGCAACCUCCGAAAACACGAGUGGGUUCACUCGGACAAACGGCCACAUCGCUGUGAGCCUUGUAAUCGGGGCUUCCUCACCACUAGCGCUCUGAAGGUACACAACCGAACUGCACACGGGGAGAACGCAGCGAAAGGAAAGAAAAAGGGCAGCGCAGUGAAUACUGUGGGAUGAGGGGAGACUGUGAACGCUGUGAACUGUGCUUGAAAAGUGAUGAUAGGAAGUAUUUAAUGUUAGGGAAUGUGUAUUGUGUAAUGUGGGUGGCAAAGAUUCGGUCUUCGUUUUGCGAAGGCCGUCUAUUUUUAUAUGUUCACUGUGAAUAUUUUUGAUUGUUUUGGACGCUGCUUUCGUGCUACGUCACUCGUUUUGAUGAGUGGGUUUUGUCGAUUCUAGAAGACAUGACAUUUUGUUUGAAUUUCUUGUAUAUUUUUUACAUUGACUCAUCGCACCAAAGACUGCUGAUGGAAAGUAAUGCCGUCAUUGUGGCAAUCCUGUUCAGUUAUUUAAUGUCAUCAACAUUGAUGUUAUGUCGUAUCGUUAUAUUGUCAAUGCUUCAAUGUGUCAUUAUGCCAAGCAGUGUUUGAUUCUCGGUAUUUCGAACGGUCUUCGAUUAGCGGCCAUCUUUUGUAAAUCAUCGGCUGCUGUUUCAACCUUUUGCACUGUGUACACGUUAUGGUGUGCUCGGCUUUGCGAGGCAAUGAAUUGCCUCACAGCAUCCCAUUGCAAUGGGAUGUUGCAUUUUCUACAUGUCAAAUUGGCACGAGGCCAUAGUACGUUGGUACUGUAAUAAGUCUCUUAUACCGUUCGAUUUCUGCGGGCUUCUGCAUGUCAUGUAGUAUUCUCGGUAGAUAUUGCACAUCUCGCUAAAAGUACAAAUAAACGUGUGUAUUUAUUGUAAAUGUUAUUGGUGCUUGCUUUUUAUGUCUAUGCUGGAAUUCGCUACAUCGUGUUCGCGCGUUCCUGACGAGUUUUCUUGGUUUAUGUAAAAGUCAAAUUCGGGGCUUUGAUCUACUUUAGAUGGGCAGUUUCUUGUCGAUUAAUGAUAACUUCCUUAGUUCAAUUCGAAUGUCUCUUACGCCUAGGGGCAUGAUUGUCUUUUUGAUACGAUGCAUCAAUAGAAAUAAAAAGGUUUACCACUA